AUGAUACUUAGCACUGCUCUUAGAAUGAGAACUCUUUUAAACUCAAGGAUGACUCUCUCUUUAUAAAAAUAUAGCUCUUAGCUAAAUAGCGCCAAGAACCCUUACUAGAUUGCUUUUGAAAGAUCUGUUAAUCCUUUAACUCGCGAAGAUUACUGGAGAGAACAAACUCAUUUUGUUGACUGGUUCAAAAGACCAGAUGUGAUCCUCGAUAAGUCUAAUCCCAAUCCUGGUUUUUGGCGUUGGUUCAAGGACUCCCAAGUAAAUAUGUGCUACAAUGCUGUUGACCGUCAUGUCAAGUAGCUUCACGACAAACCUGCCCUUCACUGGAUUAGCCCUUACGAAAAGAUUGAAAGAACCUACACUUGGGCUGAACUCUAAGAUAAUGUUGCAAGACUCGCUGGCGUUUAUUAAAAUUUAGGUGUCAAAAAAGGCGAUAGAGUAGUUAUUUAUAUGCCAAUGGUUCCUGAAGCUGUCUUUGGUAUGCUUGCUUGUGCUAGAUUAGGAGCAAUUCACUCAGUAGUUUUUGGUGGUUUUGCUGCUAAAGAAUUAGCAAGUCGUAUAAAGGAUUCUGAACCUGCCUUAAUUCUAGGAGGAUCAUUUGGCUAUGAACCAGGCAAAGUAAUUAACUACAAAAAAAUUCUUGAUGAAGCCAUAGACAUUGCUGGCGCCUAAAACACCAAGGUUCUUGUUUACCAGAGAGACGAAAAGAAUAAAUGCUCAAUGGUUCCUGGACGUGAUUAUGAUUACAAGGAAUUGAUUUCUAGAGCUUAAAAAGCUGAUUGCGUUCCUGUUGAAGGUGAUCAUCCUCUCUACAUUUUGUAUACUUCUGGUACAACUGGAUAACCCAAGGGUAUUGUAAGAGACACUGCAGGUACUUGCGUAGCUGCUCAAUGGGCUAUGAAGCAUAUAGUCGACAUUCAUAAAGGGGAUGUCUACUUUUCAGGUAGUGAUAUUGGUUGGGUUGUAGGCCAUUAAUUUAUUGUUUAUGGUCCCCUUUUAAGAGGAGCAACAACUAUUCUUCACGAAGGAAAGCCCACAGGCACUCCAGAUGCAAGUUAAUAUUGGAGAAUCAUAGAAAAGUACAGAGUUAAAGGUCUAUACACAGCCCCCACUGCAAUGAGAGCCAUUAGAAAAGAAGAUUUGAAUGGAGAUUGGAUUAAAAAGUUUGAUUUAAGUUCUUUGACUAAUGUUGCUUUAGCUGGUGAAAGAUGCGAUGUCCCCACAUACGAAUGGAUUCACAAGCACGUCCCUGGUCUUAUUAAUGAUAACUAUUGGUAAACUGAAACAGGUUGGGUCAUCUCUGGCAAUUUCUAAAACUUGCAUACCUUCCCCAUUAAGCCUGGUACUGCUUGUAAGCCUGUCCCUGGAUUUGAUGUUCACAUUUUAGAUGAACACAAUUAAGAAAUUAAAAAUCCUAAUAAAUUAGGUAGAAUUUGUAUUAAACUUCCUAUGCCUCCUUCAUUCAUGCUCACUUUAUACAAUAAUGACUCUGUAUUCGAACAAAAGUAUCUUCAUGAUUCCCCUGGCUACUACUUGGCUGGAGAUAGUGGAUAUUUCGAUGAAGAUGGCUACCUAAAUGUCAUGGCUAGAAUCGAUGAUGUCAUUAAUACUGCAGGUCAUAGAUUGUCUACUGGAUCUAUGGAAGAAGCUCUCUUGAAGCAUGACAAUAUCGUAGAAGCUGCAGUAGUUGCCAAGCACUGCGACUUUAAGGGUGAAGUACCAUUUGGCUUCGUUGUUCCUAAAGAUUCAUAAAGAGUGGACAUCUAGGUGUUUGAAAAAGAAUGUGUCAGCUUGAUUAGAAAAGAAAUCGGACCUGUUGCUUCUUUCAAAAACUGUAUUGUAGUAGAAAAAUUACCCAAAACAAGAAGUGGCAAAAUAUUAAGAAAUACGUUAAAAAAAAUCGUAGACGGAAAAUAAAUCGAUAGAAUACCUCCUACAAUAGAAGAUGAUACAGUUAUCCCUAAGAUUUAAUCUGACGUAUAAUCUUAUUUCAAUUAAAGCUAAAAUCAAUGA